CCACGGGAUGAGUCUUGCCCUAUAUCACAAGAGAAUGCAACGGUGCUCACAAAUUAACACUCUCGAGUAGCUUCAUCGUCCCUUUGGUGUUUUUCUUUUCACCUUUAUUGCUUCUUUGUUUUAUUUUCAUGUCCAUGUAGUGGGAACGGUGUAGAUAAAAUAUUACUAUUAGCCGACACCGUUUCAUUUUUAUGGAAACGACGUCGUUUGGUUUUAUUGUAACUCUUACUCAAUUCGUCUGCUUCUGGGUUAUCCAGGAACCACCAACUAAUCAUUCCUUCGUUUCGCGUGAGACGACGGAGGAGCAUGAACGUUGAGCUCGUGUUAUAACUCUUAGGGGCAAAACAACACUGAGAAGUGAUGAAGAUUGCUAUUGAAGGGUGUAUGCAUGGAGACCUUGACAGUGUGUACAAAACAAUUCAACACCAUGAACACAUUCACAGCACUAAAGUCGAUCUCCUCCUCUGCUGCGGCGAUUUCCAGGCUGUUAGAAAUGAGAAAGACAUGGAUAGCCUUAGCGUACCUAUAAAAUACAGAGAGAUGAAGUCCUUCUGGAAGUACUACUCCGGCCAAGAAGUUGCCCCGGUUCCCACCAUUUUCAUCGGCGGGAAUCACGAGGCUUCGAACUACUUGUGGGAGUUGUACUAUGGUGGUUGGGCUGCCUCCAACAUCUACUUUCUAGGUUAUGCCGGGGUUGUGAAGUUCGGUAAUCUGCGUAUUGGAGGUCUUUCUGGUAUUUUCAAUGGCCGAGAUUACCAUUCAGGACACUUUGAGCGGCCGCCAUACAACAGGAACACUAUUAGAUCAGUCUAUCAUGUUCGUGAGUAUGAUGUCCACAAGUUGAUGCAGCUUGAAGAGCCGCUUGAUAUAUUCCUCUCACACGACUGGCCUGUUGGAAUCACUGAUUAUGGAGACUCAAAAGCACUUAUUCAGCAAAAGCCUUACUUCCAAGAAGAGAUACAGGCAAGAACUCUUGGAAGUAAACCAGCGGCUCUUCUGCUAGAAAAACUGAAGCCACGGUAUUGGUUUUCAGCUCACCUACACUGCAAAUUCGCUGCUUCUGUUCAACACGGGAGCGAUGGCUCAGUGACAAAGUUUCUUGCCUUAGAUAAAUGCGGCCCAGGGAAAAAGUUUCUACAGAUCAUUGAUAUCGAGUCAGAGCCUGGACCUUUUGAAGUCCUAUACGACGAAGAGUGGCUAGCAGUAACACGAAUGUUCAAUUCUGUUUUCCCACUAACAGAGAGACGUGCAAAUUUCAGCUCUGCGUCAAUGAAUAUACAAGAGAGCCGCGAGUGUGUGAGAAAAAAGCUAGAGGAAAGGCAAUUUAAACCUUUUGAGUUUGUAAGGACAGUCCCUGCACAUAACCCUUCACAGCGUAUCUUUGAUUCCAUGCCUGAUAUCCCGCAGAAUCCUCAGACUCUGUCUUUGUUAGAGCUCCUUGGUCUUCCAUAUCUCCUUGAUUCUUCACCAGUAACAGGGGAAAGAACCGCGAUCCCUGCUUCACCGGCUCCUCCAUCAGACUUUCAAACGUAUGAUAGUGAAGAAAUCCCAAUCGAUGAUACUGAUGAUUUGGAAGAGAUAGCAGAAGCAAAAGCCGACGACCCUACAAGAGAAUAGGCAUGAAUUAUAUCUCCAUUCCAAUGGUCAGAAUCUUUCUCUUGUUAGUUAUGUUCAACCACCAUUUUUCGAGAAAGCUGAGCACUUUUGUCUUUCUUCCUGAAGUACAUUGGCUUGGGAAGUUACUAUCCGAGGAGGGUGAUGGAAGAAGCUGCACGAGGAAGAGAAACUCCAAAAGGCAAAAUCUUCUUGGUGUGGAAGAGAAAGAGUAUGCUUAUGAGACCAUUGAGGAGUUGAUCGAUGUGAUGAAAGUUGUCCCGUUCGAACCAUGAGCAAGAAUGAAACCUGAUUUUUUUUUUUUUUGGUUAUUAGUUAUAUUUUGUCUGUAGUCUUUUUCACUAGAUUUGGAGUUUUGGUUGCUUCUAAAUUUUAUAGCACAAUUUAGCUUACUAACCUUUUCACUAAAUUUCUCUAACUAGAGAGUAUCUUCAACUCUUUUUUUAUAUUUGAAGUAUA